UUCUUCCUUAUUCGAAAAAACAUCUGAUCACUAAAACCUCAUAGGAUCCGAUUUUUUUUCUGUUUAACCUAUAAUAAAUAUCUUUAGGUGCAAAACAUCUGAUACCAACAUGAACCAUCGUAAAAUUGCCUUCGUAUUCCUUCUUCUUGGAUCGUUAUGUGCAAUAUUAGCGUUCUCAACAACUAGUUGGAUGGAAUUAUCCCACAAUGGUUUGAAAAUUCACAUCGGAUUGUGGCGCAUGUGCUCAACAAAUUGCUCAGAUCUUAACGGCAUAGUAUUACGUUGGUACGGUUUCGUUCAAGCUACAGCGUGUAUAGGCCUUGUUGGAACCAUUGUUGUCAGUAGUCUUUUGGGACUUUGUCACUACGUUGAACGUUUCCAGAAGAAUAUUGCAAUUCUCCGUUUCACAGCAGUUACCUGCAUCAUUACAUGGAAAAUAUCAGGUUACGUUGUGUUUGUGUUGUCAUGGAUACGACGGUCAUCCGACGCCAUGUUUAAUGAAGAUCUCAUAUAUAUGGGGUUACCUGCUAUAAAGACUGACAGGGCUGAUAUAUCGUACAGCUUUUUUAUAGCUGUUUUUGGAGCACAGUUCACAGUGUUAGCAGGUAUUAUCUUGUUUCAAAUGAUGGAUGUUUCAAAACAAGGAGAACCAUUAUACACCGAAAAAUCAGUCGAUGCAACUUAAUAAUAUCUACAUGUACCUUUAAUUUUACAAACCGAAAGUUUAUUUAACAGUUGAUUAAUUUUAACUUAAAAUGUUUGCACAUCGUUCAUACUUUGUUUGUUUGAUUUCAAUUUAAAAAAAGAAAUUCUUUUCAUGACUCAAACUGUAUUAUAAUUUUAUAUUUUUUUCUGUAAUCACAGCUGAUGAUAAUAAAAUGUUUUGC